AUGGCAAUUGAGGUAGUCAGAGAAACGUGGCCAACGCAUUUGACUCCAUCAGAAGCUGCAGGAUUGGCCGAUAAGGCAUCUCUAGCGUUACAUUUUGUUCAGGCUGGCCAAUCUCGUGAUCCUGCUGUAGUUGAAGAAGCUGCGCGAUUGGCUUUAUCUGUUCUGCCAUACGCUUACACUCUGAGUGCUGCAGAAACCCAACGAGCUCUGUUACAGUGCCGAGAACAGGGUGCCUCCCUACUUGAAAGCGCAUGCAGAGCUAUUGAAGAGGAAAUCGUUUUUGCGGACGUGCUGUUCCGUGUUGCGCGUUAUUGGCAUGAUCUUCAUUAUGAGCUUGAUCAACCUCCCAUGUCUGUUCACCAACAGCAUCAGAAUCAACCUGCACAACAGUUGCAGUACUCUUCUAACCAACACCAACAAUACUUUAACAUUGAUCUCUUUAGCCAGCCAAGCAGUAGCAAUGGGCUUUCGGUUGCGAAUGAACUCGGUAGACUGCAUCAAAGUCAGUCAGCACCUCAACUGUCAGGUCCUCGAUUAGGUGCUCAACCCGGAUCGGAUACGCGACCACGACUUGUGAAUGCCCAUCGUGUUGGCAUUAGAGCAUUGGCCACUAUGGCUGCGAGCGCUAAUGAUGAAACGAGACAAUACAUUUUGCUUCAAACAUAUGCGCAUCCAUCGACAGCCGAAUUAUAUGAACGGUGCAUUGAACAGUUUUACGCGGCUGCUGGCGUGAAGCUCAGCCAUAAUCGCUUCAACAGCAGUGACAUGGAAGAUGCACAUCAGCUAUUGCUGGCAGCCAUUACUGCUUUCAUGCGUAUACCUCAUGCACCAACUGCACACACACUGUUGGAAGACUUCUAUCGACAUGUGAAAAAGCAGAAGGCAUGGAAGAAAGACGUACAACAUCGUUUGGGAUCUUUGCUACAUGAGGCGUUGAAUCCACAACGGUGA